AUGGGCAUCUGUUUUUCAUGCCUUAUAGGCCUGGAUGAAAAUGACGAUAACGAAAGACAAUCAUUACUCGGGAACCACCAGCAAUAUGCUGACGAAAACUACCAGGAACAACUAAUCAAGCAACAACAGAGGCAAAGUGAGCUCAACGGUAUCGUCAGCGACCUCAAUAACGACUUAAUCGAUGUAUCCACGUUCGUAUCGAAUACUCAAGCCGCGGAGAACGAAGCAACCAGCCAAGAACCAGAAAACGAAAUCCAAUCGCCUGCUCUUUCAGCAGCUGCCAACUCCACCUCUGCUCCAGGCACUGCCCAUGCAUCACCCAGCGUUGUUCCAGUGUCAUUGAGCAACGACAAGUCAUUCCCCCACCUCCUUAGCAUUGAUGAAAAGAAAAAAAUCUUGGAAGACUCCAAGCAGUAUGCUGACCAGGUAGCACCUAUCAAGGCGCCUGGGCCAUUGUAUGUGAAGUUCUAG